AUGAUCAAUGUGACGGCCGCGCACCCCGAGUUCCUGACCCUUGGAUUUGGGGAACUGACAUCAAUAAAAUAUCUAUACAGUUUAUUGGUGUUUUUAGGCUUUGCCCUGACCCUGCUGUUGAACAGUCUGGUGGUGGCGGCUGUGGCGUUGCACCGGAGCCUACAGGAACCCGUCUAUAUGUUCAUCUGCGCAUUGUCUAUCAAUGGAAUCUAUGGGAGUGUUGUUUUCUACCCGGGUAUUUUUGUAACGUUGCUCUACCAAGUCCAAAAAAUCUCCUAUGGCAGUUGCUUGGCCCAAGUCUUUUUCAUUCACACCUACGGAAGCUUUGAGUUGGCGACGCUGGCGGGCAUGGCCAUUGACCGCUACAUCUGCAUCUGCAACCCUCUGAGAUACACUAGCCUCAUGUCCCACUCGACGGUUCUCAAAAUAAUUGCGGUAGGUUGGGUGAACUCCAUUGUAGCCAUUGGCACAAACCUCGUCUUGACUUACAGACUUCCCCUGUGUGACUCGGUCAUACUCAAGAUCUACUGUGACAACUGGUCAGUAGUCAGACUCUCCUGCGUUGAUACCACCAUCAACAAUAUUUUUGGAAAUCUUGUUUCCACCAGUGUCAUUUAUGUCCCUAUAUUAAUCAUAGUUUUCUCCUACGUUGAGAUUCUAAGAGUGUGCGUCCGGUCUUCCAAAGAGGUCAUCUCCAAAGCUUUGCAGACCUGUAGCCCUCAACUCAUCAUUUCAUUCAACUUUGUGACUGGGGCUCUCUUUGAUAUAUUUCUCUACAGGUACAUGCCCACCAGCGUCCCCUAUCAGAUACGGCUCUUCAUGUCACUGGAGUUCCUUGUGAUAUCCCCCAUUCUUAAUUCUUUUAUAUAUGGGUUGAAAAUGAAGGAAAUGAGAUCAAGGAUAUUAAAGCUUCUUCAUCUGGAGACCAGUAAAGUUCAUGAAAAGCACAGAAGGAGUUUGUGGUACGGGUAA